CACUGGUGAGUAAAAACUCUUCCUACACUUUAACUUGUUAUCUGAAGAUAAAAUAUACAUUUUUACUCGACUGCGUUACCCACUCCAGUCAGCAGAUGGCGGUCUGAGACUUUAAGGCGAUGCUGCUGGUGUGACGUAUAAUCUAGUGGACGGAACACUUCUUUCAACAGCAGCAACAGUUAGUCAGACACCUCCGUAGCUUGCUAGACAAAAUAGACGAACCGAUAAAGCUUUAGAUGCUUCCGUAGAGCCACUGUGUUUUAAACCCACUUCUGUUGUCUAGUUAGUUAUCCAAUUUAAUGUCAUAUUUACGUUGUUGUUAUUAGUCAGCUAGCUGGCUUCUUAAGUUAGCACUAGCCUAGCUAUCUAACAUCCCCAACCAUGAGUUCACUAAGCUACUCUCCUCCUGAUAAAGAAGAGGAGGUCUGCUGGACGGAGAAAGAAGCUCUCGUGAAAGAGGAGGAAGAAGAGGAGGCUGUUACCGUGAAAGAAGAAGAGAACUACGUUUCAGUGAAAGAAGAAGAUGUGUUCGGAGUGAAAGAUGAGGAAGAUGAUACAGUAAAAGAAGAGGAGGAUGCAGUUUUUGGAUUGGAGGAGGAGGAGGUGACUGUCACAUCGAAAAAGGAGGAGGAAACGGGAUAUCUGGGCCCAGUUUCCCUAAUGCAUCUUAAGGCAUCCAAUGGUUCUAACGAUGAACUUAGCAAUACGAUGGUUUUGAGAAACCGUUCCCUGAUUAACACUAGAGAGAGACGUGACUAUUGUGGAUCCUCUGGGGAGCCUCAACAACAUCAUGAAGCUGACGAGGCAAAGAAGAGUCUCUCCACAUCAGAAACCCUCAAACAACACCAGCAGAGAUCCACAGAGAAUAAAUCUCAACGCUGCUCUGACUGUGGGAAGACCUUUUCAAGAUUAUAUACAUUACAAUCACACCAGAGAAUUCACACUGGAGAGAAACCUUUCAGCUGCGAUCAAUGUGGGAAGAGUUUUGUUACAUCUGGCUGUCUGACUAUACACCAGAGAACACACACAGGAGAGAAACCGUAUAGCUGUAAUCAAUGUAAAAAGAGUUUUGUUACAUCGAGCUCUCUGACUAUACACCAGAGAACACACACAGGAGAGAAACCUUAUUGCUGUAAUCAAUGUGGGAAAAGUUUUGUUUCAUCUAGCCGUCUGACAAUACACCAGAGAACACACACAGGAGAGAAAUAUUAUAGCUGUGAUCAAUGUGGUAAGAGUUUUGUUUCAUCUAGCCAUCUGACUAUACACCAGAGAAUACACACAGGAGAGAAAGCUUACCACUGCUCUGACUGUGGAAAGAGUUUUUCUAUCUCAGGAAAUUUUAAAUCACACCAGAGAACACACACAGGAGAGAAACCUUAUAGGUGUAAUCAAUGUGGGAAGAGUUUUGCUCAAUCAAGCAACCUGAUAGCACACCUGAGAAUACACACUGGAGAGAAACCUCACUGCUGCUCUGAGUGUGGGAAGACCUUCUCAAAAUUAUAUACAUUACAAUCACACCAGAGAAUUCACACUGGAGAGAAACCUUAUAGCUGCUCUGAAUGUGGAAAGAUCUUUUCAAAAUUAUAUACAUUACUAUCACACCAGAGAACACACACUGGAGAGAGGCCUCAUAGCUGUAAGCAAUGUGGGAAGAGUUUUAUUCGCUCAAGCUGCCUGAUGCUACAUCUGAAAAAACACACAGGAGAAAAAUCCUUUAGCUGUGAUCAAUGUGGGAAGAGAUACUCUGAUAAAAGAUCUCUGAUCAAACAUCAGAAAAUACAUGAAGGACUUGUUUCAUGAUUUCAAUGAAAUAAUGUCGCAAUGUAGAAGGCGUAUUUUAAUUAAUAAUGUGACAAUAAUGUAGAACCCUAAUAUUUUGCCCCUGUUCUAUUGAUUUCAGUGUGAUGUGGAUAUUAGCCUCAUCAGGGGAAAAUUCCAGGCUCUGAAAUGAAAGUCCUAUUUGUGAUUACCAAGAAAACGUGUUGUGUUACACUUACUGCAUUGGCAACCCACUUGAAUCAAAAUGCAACACUUCAAAUUGUAGCUAGCUGUCUUCUACAUGUUGUCCUCUAACCAGGGAUGUACACAUUAUUCCCAGAUUCCGUGUGUUUUUUUGAGCUGUUAGUUUUAUCAGGUCGUGCAACCUCAUCUCCCCCUCUUGUGCAAUUGAUUUCAACGUGAUAUUGAUGUGAGUGAUGCUAAAUAUGUGUACUGUUUCUCUUCGUUUUGGGGAAACCCCGAAAUUUCAACGCGUCACUCCAAAAUGUAGCUGACUGUCUUCUGCAGGUUGUCCUCUAACCAGUGAAGUAAAAUAUAUCUCCAAUUUCCAUGUUUUUUUUGUUAGUUUCAACAGCACGUACAACCUGAUUUCCCCCCUAAUAGAUAUCAGUGAUUUAUUGCCAGUUGUCAAAACAAGUGUUUUAGAUGCUUGUUUUUUUUU